GCCGAAACCUCGCUGCUGAACAAGCUGAUCCGCACCACGCUGGUGGAGUCCAGCCACCACGUCGAGAUCCUGCAGCGGGACCCCAGCUCCCCGCUCUUCUCCAUCAAAACCUUCCAGGAGCUUCCCCUGAAGAAGGAGCUCCUGCAGGGGGUUUUCAUGAUGGGCUUCAACAGACCCUCCAAAAUCCAGGAGACGGCUCUGCCCAUCAUGCUGGCGUAUCCGCCCCAAAAUCUGAUUGCCCAGAGCCAGUCAGGGACAGGGAAAACGGCAGCUUUCGCCUUGGCGAUGCUCAGCAGAGUUAAUGCCGCUGAGAAAUACCCGCAGUGCCUCUGCUUGGCUCCCACCUACGAGCUGGCCCUGCAGAUCGGGCAGGUGAUCGAGUCCAUCGGGCAGUUUUGCCCCAAUAUCAAGGUGACCUACGCCAUCCGGGGAAACCAAGUCCCGCAGGGCACGGCGCUGGCGGAGCAGAUCGUCAUCGGGACCCCGGGGACGAUGCAGGACUGGUGCUUCAAGAGGAAGCUGGUGGACGUGAAGAGGAUCGCUAUGUUGGUGCUGGAUGAGGCCGACAUCAUGAUCCACACGCAGGGCCUGUCCGACCAGAGCAUUCGCAUCCAGAGGGCUCUACCCAAAAGCUGCCAGAUGCUGCUGUUCUCGGCCACCUUCACAGAGGUGGUGCGGGCUUUCGCCAUGCAGAUCGUGUCGGAGCCCUUCGUCAUCAAGCUGCGCGAGGAGGAGCUGGCGCUCAGCAACGUCGAGCAGUACUUCUUCGUCUGCCAGGAGAAGUACAGGGCCCUCUGCAACCUCUACGGCAGCAUCACCAUCAGCCAGGCCAUGAUCUUCUGCCAGGGGAGGCGGACGCGGCGCAGCGCGGCCUGGCUGGCGAUGCAGAUGACCCAGGACAGGCACCAGGUCGCCAUCCUGACGGCGGAGCUGACGGUCUCCCAGCGCGCGGACAUCAUCCAGCGCUUUCGGAUGGGCAAGGAGAAGGUCCUCAUCGCCACCAACGUCUGUGCCAGAGGGAUCGACGUGGAGCAGGUGAGCAUCGUUGUGAACUUCACCCUGCCCACCAACAAGAAGGGCUGGCCGGAUUUCGAGACCUACCUGCACCGCAUCGGGCGCGCCGGCCGCUUCGGCAAGAGGGGCAUCGCCUUCAGCAUGGUGGAAAGCGACGACACGGCCACGGUGCGGAUGAUCGAGGAGCAUUUCCAGACCACGAUCAAGCAGCUGGACGCGGAAGACUUGGAGGAGCUCGGGAAGCUGCAAAACUGA